CUUGCCUUCAAUACUUUCCAAAGUCUUCGACUCCCAUUCACAUGUCAUGGCGACCUCUUCGGUUAUCUCCAUUGCUCCCCCAAAUCUGGGCAGCUUCCAUGUCCCUUUGAGCCCGGCGUCCCUUGCAACGACCAACCAAUUUCUUCAGAAGAACCAUGAUCGUUACCACCCUUUCUUCAACGAUCGGGGGUUCCACAAUCAUAUAACCCACUAUCUCCUUGCAUCCUUGUCACUAGGAGCGACUCCCACUCAGAUCACUCGAGCUUUCGAACAAGAAAAGGCCAUUCAGCGCGCUCAGUUCCCGCUCAAGCCGGUUAACGUCAAACGCCUAGCCGAUCCCCAAUUCUUCAAAGAAUGUAUGGGGAAUGAGGAGUUCUAUCGCGACUAUUUGAUCUUUUUCCAAGACGAAAUCAAAGAGAAAGGGUUUGGAAAUGUUCUGAACGAGUAUAUUUUCUCUAAGAAGGAAAAUGCAGAUUUGAUGUUUACUCGGCUGUUUGCCAGCUUUCUCCAUCCUUUGAUUCAUCUCGGGUACGGGAUUGAGUUUAACCAGCCUGCUAUAUUCGCUGAGGCAUUGGGACAGACAGCAGUUCACAAAAACGAGAUUUCUAUCGUCAUGCUCGGAACAGAGUCUGUUGCUUCGGCCCUGACCGGGCCAUCUCCCCCACUUAUCGAGUUGCUCAAUCAGGUGCGUUCGACAGAGUCUAUCCGUGAUGCCUCUUGCUGGGGUGAUGGAAGCUGGAUCGAAGACAUUCCGCUUACCCAGGCCCCAGAGGCUCUCUGGGAAAUCGCUGGCCAGUGGCGAGUUCAACCAGACGAGCUCGGUGUGAAGACAGCCGAAAUGAUCAAUGUCAACGGCUUCAUGUGCGGUGCCGCGCAAAUGCCUCCCAAGGAGUACAAGCUUGACUUUUUCCUGAUCCACAACCUCAAUUGCUCAGUCUUCUUUGCAUCCUUCCUCAAGCAAAGCUGGUUAUCUACUGAAGACAAGAUACCUCGCGGAUCCCCUAUCCUGGAUGAAUCCGAAAUUCUUAACUACCGGCCCAAGCGCCCGGAGCAAGGCUGGGAGAAUCUUUUUCAAAGGGUCAAUGACCUGGAUGACGAUUCUCAUGUCACAAAGUUCUUGCGAGGGAUUGCGCAUGGGGAGCAAUUUUGUCAACGAAUCAAUAUCACCAAGGACCGGUUCCCUCUGGCUAGUUCAAUUUGCUUGCGUAUUGCUCACAUGGCUAUCGAUACCACUGAAAAGGAGCCUGUCGCUAAGAACCGUUGGGUGAGAGGUGCUUGA